CAUUGGCAUUACACUCUGCACGAGGCUGAUACUUAUUAGUAAAAGGAUGUAGCAGGCAUGUUGAAUUCAUUCCACGUCAUUAUGUAUGCUUGUGUAUGCAAAGGUUUUUAAGUGCUGACUUUGACAUGUAAUCACACAUACAUGUUACUGUUAUGUUGCAGGUGAUCCUGAUCUUGACUAAGCUGUAUGACUUCAACCUGGGGGCUGUUACCGAGAGCUCACUCUGGAGAUCGACUGAUUACGGAAGCACCUACACCAAGCUCAACGACAAAGUGGGCUCAAGGACGGUUUUAAGUUACCUGUACGUCUGCCCUACCAACAAACAGAAGAUAAUGAUGCUUAGCGACCCAGAGGUAGAGAGCGCUGUUCUCAUCAGUUCAGAUGAAGGGGCAAGCUUUGAGAAGCAUACCAUUAACUUCAAUAUCCUGAGCCUGCUCUUCCACCCUGCACAGGAGAACUGGAUACUGGCCUACAGUCAUGACAGCAAGCUGUACAGCUCAAUGGACUUUGGGAGGAAAUGGCAGCUUGUGCACGACAACGUGAUGCUGGGCCGAUUCUACUGGGCGGUAAUGGGGCUGGACAGAGAAUCUGAUGUGGUCCACAUCGAGACGCGCAUCGCAAAAGGCCGCGCCCAGUACGUGAAGUGCAGAGCCCAGCGCUGCACAGAAGCCAACAGACAGUACCUCUUUCCGGGACACGUGGACACUAACUCGCUGGUUGUGCAGGAUGAAUAUGUUUUCACACAGGUAACAAAGUCAGGACGAGCCAGCUACUUUGUCUCCUACAUGAGGGAAUCAUUCAAGAGGAUGAAAUUACCUAAAUAUUGUCUGCCAAAGGACAUGCACAUCAUCAGCACAGACGAGAAGCAAGUGUUUGCAGCAGUCCAGGAGUGGAAUCAGAAUAACACUUACAGCCUGUACAUCUCCGACUCUCCGGGGGUCUACUUCACCCUGUCAUUAGAGAACCUGAGAACCAGCAGAGGACCUGCUGGCAACCUCCUCGUAGACUUUUAUAAGGUCGAGGGGAUAAACGGCAUGUAUCUUGCCAACAAACUGGUGGACAUUCACAUCAAGACUUUUAUCACCUACAACAAGGGACAAACAUGGGCCCUUCUGCCAGCUCCCGCUGCUGAUGUUGUGGGAAAUAACCUUCACUGCAUCCUGCCAUUUUGCUCGCUACAUCUUCAUCUGGAGAUGUCGGAGAAUCCCUACACAUCCGGACCCAUCACCAGCAAAAAGUCUGUGCCGGGCAUCAUCGUGGCUACAGGGAAUAUCGGAACAGAGCUGUCCUCUACCAACCUUGGGAUGUUUAUAUCAUCAGAUGCAGGGAAUAGCUGGAGACAGAUUUUUGAUGAAGAGCACAAUGUCUGGUUUCUGGAUAAUGGUGGAGCUUUGCUGGCUGUGUUGCAUGCAGCCACACCAAUCCGACACUUGUGGAUCAGUCUAGACGAAGGAAAGAAAUGGGACCGGCACAGUUUCUCCCUGGCUCCUCUGUAUGUGGAUGGAGUUUUAAUGGAGCCAGAAUCUGACAAUCACAUUAUCACUUUCUUUGGACACUUCAGUCAUCGCUCUGAGUGGCAGCUGAUCAAGAUCGACUACAAGGGUCUGUUUAGCAGGAGAUGCAUGGAUGGAGAUUACCAGACAUGGCACCUGCACAACAAGGGGGAGCUGUGCGUGAUGGGCGAGAAGCAGAUCUAUAUGAAGCGAAGGCCAGGGAACCGUUGCAUGCUGGCCCAGGACUAUUCAAGAAUUUACUCCUCAGAGCCCUGCCCCUGCACAUCCUAUGAUUUUGAAUGUGACUACGGGUGGGAGCGCCAGGUGGAUGGGAAGUGUUCCCCUGCUUUUUGGUUUAAUCCAAAUGGGGCAGCUAAGAGCUGCAGCACCAGCCAAAGCUUUCUUAACAGCACAGGGUAUCGUAAGGUUUUAUCCAACAACUGUAAAGAAGGAGGGAGGAACGUGUACUCACCAAAGAGGCAGGCAUGUCGUCCAAGACCGCCUCGAGGACUCCGGCUCUCCACCAGUCAGGGAGAGCUCAGUGCCAGUGUUGGAAUCAACGUUACCUUCAUGGUGUACCUAGAUGAUGGAGACUCGCUGAGGACCAGCAUUCAGCUUGACUUCGGGGAUGGCAUCAAGAUCACAUACUCUAACCUGAGCAGGACCGACGAUGGCAUCAAGCACAUCUACAGAACAACUGGGAUUUACCGAGUGUCAGCUUCUGCGGAGAACAGCCAGGGAUCUGACAGCAGCACAAUAUUUUUACACAUCACCAGUCCAGUGGAGCGUGUUUAUCUCUCCGCUCCUAUCGUGACCAUCAGGGGGAAGGAGGCUAAUCUGACUGCCGUGGUUUGGCCGAGCCACACCAGAAUAUUGACCUUCUUCUGGUGGUUUGACAACAGCUCCGAGCCCAUUAUAACCUUGGAGGGAAGCAUCUCAUACACGUUUCAGAAAGAGGGGAAAAACAAGGUCACGGUCCAGGUUGCUUCUGGGAGCACCAUCAUACAGGAUUCAAAAGUUCUAACUGUUAAAGAGUUCUUCAGGUCCCUGCUGUUGUCGUUCUCGCCAGCUCUUGACGAGCACAAUCCUGACAUCCCUGAGUGGAGGGAGGACAUAGGGCGUGUGGUACGGACAGCUCUGUCACAGGUGUCUGGAGUCUCUGAAGAUCAGCUGCUGGUGUCAUUGUACCCUGGUCUCCCAAGUACAGCAGAGCUCUUUAUCCUCCCUGAUGAGCAUAUGUCAAGUGAACAUAAGAGGAGCAAUGAGGAAGCCCUAGAGACGAUAUCAAAUAUUUUUGUCACUGCCCUGAACCAAGGCCUGAUCCAGUUUGAGCUGAAAGCUGAUAUUCGCAUCAUUGUGUACAUGACUCAGCAAACUUUGGCGCCACUUGUGGAUUCAAACUCCAUCCACAGUGGGUCUGCCAUGUUGAUGCUGCUCACGGUUGUGUUCGUUGGUUUAGCAGCAUUCUUCAUCUACAAGUUUAAAAGAAAAAUCCCAUGGAUCCACGUUCAGACUGAGGACAGUCAGGAGAAGGAUCCGGAGGUGAUCAGUACAGUCGGUCAGAAUGACAACAUGACAAAAGUGAAGCUCAGCGAAUUUCCCUCGCCAAAAGAACUCAUGGAGAAAGAGCUGGAGGCCAGGAGCCGAGGUGGAAUUGGGAGAAAUAUGGAGAGAAUUGUCACAAGGGAGUUUCCAAACUGUACUAAUGUCUAAGACAUGAGCUGUCACUCAGUAAGUACAGAUUGUUGUGUUACAGUUGUGCUGAACUUGUUUGCUUUGCUGGCAUUGUUUAUUUAUUUUUUUGAUUUAUUUCACAUAUAUAGCUGCUAUUGUUCAAAGUCAUGUUUUUACUCACAUAGACUCAAUAUCUACUUCACAAUACUUGAUGAAGAUCAGUCCUUUGAGCCAGGCUCCAGGGCCUCUAGUUUGAGGGCGGUGAAAUGAAGAAGUUAGUGAAAGUCUACGGGUACCCAGAAUAAAAAUUAGCUACUUAGCUGUACAUUGAAAACAUUGUUGUUGUGUUUUUACAAAUAUGUUAUGGUAUUUCAUGAGAUUUUGAAAAAAAAAAGUCCAAUUGUGGCUCAAUGUUUCAUUAUUCCUCUUCUAACAAAAACUGUAGAGGAAAACCACAGUGGCCAGCUAACCGAUCUGCAAUAUCUUGAACAAUCUUCAUCAGGAGAAAUGUGCUGCAAGUUAAGAAACGAUGCAUGCAAGAGAACAAAACAAACGCAUGACAGAAAUGUACUGCAAAUUUUAACAUAUUUGGUAUACAAAGAGUCAAAACAGCUGCACUGGCAGCACACACACUCUGUGUAUUAAUGAUGCAAAUUCAGAAAACGUGCUAAAGAAGCAUGCUGCAAAUCAAGAUAAGAAAAUGGAAGUGCUCCAGUCCUCUAGGAGGUGCUCAAUGGAACAGUAUAUUAACUUUUUUUUCUGCAGGCCUGCUCUCCAUAUACAGAGGCUUUGGCCCUUGACGCAGGUGGACUGUGUUCGAAUCUAUCCUAAAGCUCUGUAAUGCAUGCCACCUCACACUGUCCUACCUUCUAAAAAUAAAGACAUAAAGGCCUCAAAAAUAAACUUGAAUUAAAGUUUUUUAGACUCUGAGUAACAUUACAAUAACAGAGUUGAGCUUGCUCACUCACUCUGUCCCAUCAAUACAAAUCAAUAGUAAAUGUUAUGUGUUCUAAACUGUUCCACUAAGUGCCCCUAAAGGCCUGGAGCACUUCUUGGUAACGUCUUGAUUCGCUGUGUUUCUUCUGUUUGUGUUUUCUGUGUUCUGCUUUGUGUAUGUAUUUGCAGCAUGUUUGCUGUUCAUGCAGCUCUUUUUCAUGUGUUUCUGACUUUGCAUCGCUUCUGGAUUUGCAGCACAAUUCUCACAAUGCAGAUUGUUUGGGCUGUUGCUGGUCGGUUAGCUUUAUCCACCACCGUAGAGAAAUCAAACUUAAAAAGCAUUUAAAAGCAGCAUGUUGCUGUUCUUCAUAAAGUCCUUAUCUAAAUGAAUAAGUACAUACAACUCUCAGUACACAUAGAAAGGCUUGGUGAGCUUAACUUCAUGUAUAAGUUUGAUAAAGUUCAUUUGAACUCAAGUUUAGCCAACUAAGCUCAGAGUGCUCAUUUUUUGUAACCAAUGUAGUUAAGCUGAACUUUGCACACAUGGGCAAGUUUGUCUAAACCUGAGGUGUGUUCAGAUAAAUUGUCUGUAAGUGUAUGUUUUAUCUUUUGACAGCAGAAAGCAAUUGCACUAUUGACUUAUCCAAACUAGUUAUAAAGUCAACAGUACAGUAUUCUCCUGCACUUUAAAUGGACCAUUGUUCACAUGGUCAUAUGCAUUCAUUCUUCAUAAGACUCUUCAUAAGGGUUCAUAACUCUUUGAAUGUGCUUGAAACACAGUAGAGGACCCUCAAGUUGGAGUGAAGUAAGGGUUCAUGAUUGAACAACAGUAACCUUGUAUUUUGUUUGUAUAUCUUGUGAGAUUUUUUGUACCCUGAAGGGAAAAACCAACCCUUAACAAAAGUAAAAAGAAGCAAAGCUGGCCGUUUAAAGGCAAGAACAAAGUUAAUAGAUUGUUUAAGUUUGGUCAAUAUUCCGCUCUGUUGGGUAAGACCUCUCUCUGAUCACCCUCUGGAAGAACAACAUUUACCGCCCUCAAACUAGAGGUCUUUGAGUUGUAAAUAUAAACUAAUGAAUAUUUAUCAAUACAUUAAACUGUCAACAUUUGACUUUGUGAAUGCUCAUGAGAAAGACACGUAUAGUUCUGCUCUGUAAGAUAAAAUGGUGCUCUCAAUGACUGUUUCUCAGAUGAUGUUACUCAACACUAAUGUGAAAUAAAGGACAGGGAAGUCUGGCCUUAGAGGUGGAAACUUUGAAGUAAAAAGCUUGUACAUAAAAAGAGAUGGAAUGUAAAUCUAUACAGUAGCUUCAUCCCACCUUAUUGUAAAGUCAACUCACUGCACAGACAGAGUUUUCAUGACUUAAAGUGUCACAAUGAACUGUUUCUUUUCAUUUAUUUAUUCAAUUUCUAACAGUGGCAUGCCCUGAUAAUCUUUGAUACCAGAUUUAAGACUAUAUUAGGGUGAGCAAGUGCUGUAUAUACUCCAUGGCUGGUUUUGAAGUUUACUUGACACAUUAAACAUAUAAGUAAACACCUUGUCUAAUAGUCUAGUCGUGCAAUUGCCGAAAGUUGUGCAUGAUCUAUGAUAUUGUUCAUUUUUGUUGAUGAUAUAAAAAUCGUCUUGUUUUAAAUCAUAUUUCUUACUGUGAACAAAUUGCCAUUUUAAAAUUGUUCAAAAUAAAUGUAUUUUUAUAUGGA